CAGAUCAGAAUGAUGAAUAUUAGUGUUGUGUGUUGUUCAAAGGGUGGCCAGUGUGCAAGUACAGGUAAAAGAGAAGACUGAGGAUGAAAGCUAGAGGUCCCUACUUGUUACUAUCUGUUCUAGGAGCUCUAUUUCACCAUGUACAAGAGGUGUCUGGGUCAUGUCUCCCCUUGCCAGUGCCCAGUUUUGGACAGUUGCUCUACAACAAUGUUGAUGUUACUCAAUCCCAGCCUCAGAUGUAUAGUCUUAACGACACAGUAGAGUACAGGUGUGCCCAAGAUUAUCAGCUUGUCUCCAUCAACUCCAACACUGCCCUCCAGAACCAGCAGUCUGUUUGUAUCUCCAAUAGAACAUGGUCCCUGCUGGGAGUCACCUGUCAGUUUUUGACGGCGACUGCUGGUCCUCCAUCAGAUGAUCUAAAUCUACUUGUGCCUGCCAGAGAUGCACUGAUAAUCAUAGGAGCUGUGCUGGGGGCCCUUAUUCUCCUCUUGUUACUUCUAGUUCUGUGCUGUUGCUGCUGGACCAUGCAGCUGAGAUCACGACUGGGGACGUAUAGACAUGAUGAGGCACUCAUUCAUUCCCAAGCAGAAGGACUUGUUGUGCCCAAUCCUAUAAUUGAUAUCAAGGAAUCUGAAGACGAUUUAUCUGGCAAUCCUCUCUACCUCACGCCAACCGAAAUGAAUAAGUUCAACCAACAACGUGGAAAACUCACCAGAUAAUGAUACAAACCUUCUUCAGCCGGACAUACAUAUAUAUACAGUACAAGUUAUAAGAUCUAGACCCGUACAUACGUACGUACGUACAAUACCACCUAUAUAAUAAUAUAUAUAGCGUCAUGAAAUAUUGUUUGGUGUGGAAUUUUCA